AUGCGUAUAAAAGAAGUGAUCCUGUUGAUGGUCGGAGUAACCACGGCUAGUAUAGGUACUCAUGAUCAAGUACCCAGCCAUCCACCACUUCUGAUUUCUGACAAUCACAAGUCCAGAUUCAAAAGAUCUUCUGGAGACACCAACUCCUUUGAUCCAGCCGACUUUGGAAAUAUCUCGUCCCGAAGAAAGAGAUCAUCCAAUGAUACUGCCUUCUCCACUCUCCAAUCACAUAUCUCCGCUCUCGCUCGUGUUGUGACUGGAAUCUCUCUGUAUAACGGACUCGUCGAUAAUUCUAUUUCUUCUGAUCAAGCCAUCACUGAACUCAUGAAUCUCGGAUUAGUCUGA